GGUUUCUGCAUCCUCCCUUCUAUCAUCCUGCGAAGCUUUAUGGUGAAUGGCUUACAGCGUCUCUGUCAAACUGCAGCACAAUUUCUGUGUGGUGCCUUCUGGAUAUUACCGAGAAGCAAGCUUGCAGUUACAGAUGAAGUCUGCUGGCACUGUUGAUCAAGAUUUGUUCACUGACACCUACUGCAAGGUCUGCAGUGCUCAACUGAUCUCCGAGUCUCAGAGAGUUGCCCAUUAUGAGAGCCGGAAGCACGCGAGUAAGGUCCGCCUGUACUACAUGCUUCACCCCAUCGACGGAGGAUGCCCUGCGAAAAAGCUCCGGUCGGAAAACGGAAGUGAUGAUGGAGAUGUGGACAAGAACAAAUGCUGCACCCUCUGCAACAUGUCCUUUACCUCAGCUGUGGUGGCCCAGUCACAUUAUCAAGGGAAAAUUCACGCCAAAAGGCUGAGACUGUUACUGGGAGAGGAGCCACCUUUGGGAGCAGAACCAAAGCAGAUUCCCUCAAGUCGCAGUUCAAUAACAAACCCACCAAGACAGAGGAGAGACUCGGGCAGGUUCUGUCAGCUCUGCAAUGCUUGGUUUAAUAACCCGAUGAUGGCUCAACAACACUACGAUGGUAAAAAACACAAGAAAAAUGCAGCGCGAGCGGAUUUAUUAGAACAGCUUGGUCAGACACUGGACCCUGAGGCACUCAGAGCACUAAAACGCAGUUACACCUGUAGUUUGUGUCAUGUGGUCCUGAAUUCCAUAGAACAAUACCACGCACAUCUCCAGGGGUCCAAACAUCAGACCAACUCGUGCUUAGCCAUCUUCCUUAGUAAAGCAAGCCAGUUUGUGGUUCAUUUAUGUGUUGUUGUCCAAGUGCAGCUGAGAGCAGUCAAAGGGUCCUCAGGCAACCUCUGCUCCGAUUACUGGCAGUCCCCAGAUUACAACAGGGCUCCGUUCCUGAGAACUGUUCGUAAGUCGGAAGUGAACAACAGCAGUGUGCGGGAGAGGGUCACAGAGAUAGCGGCGAUGGGAGAGCGAGCAGGCGCGAGGAGAGCAGCCGACAGCCAGCCUCAGUGA